CCUCAGUCUUGGGUUUGGUGACAUCAUCAAUACAAGUGCUCCGGUCUCGUUUCUCAGAAUUUUUAUUUCCCUUCUCAAUAUCGUCGUAAUUACAAACACCAGAGUCUUUCUAUUAUCAUGAUUAAUGAGUUUUCCUACACUCAGUUAUCAAUUUACCCAACAACCGCCGACACUCAACCGAUUAAAUCGAAUAAUGUGAGAUGACAUAUUUGUUAUUGUCUUUAAAUUAAAUCAUCACUGACUAAAAGUUAAGUGUUCGAUAAAAUGAGCGGCUCCUUGUUCUGAUUGCGCGUAAAAAAAAAAAAAUAUAAAAACUUCCGCAUUAUAAAUUUUUCUACUCCACUUUUUAUGUCAUUAAGUGUCAUAAUUUAUUCCAGUUAAAGUGACAAUAAAUAAGUAGUAAUAAACAUUUUAAAUAUAUAUAUAAAUAUAUAAAUAUAUAUAUAUUUAAUAAAAAUGUCGGUAGUAAUUGAAAAUGAAGCCGGACUACUCCAAGUCUUCGCAGGCAUGUUAGGGUGCAGUAUUCCCGCAUUACGUCUUCUUAUAUCGAUAUUCUUAGGUUUACCAUUCGCAUACAUCCACCGUAAAUAUUUUAUUAGACAGUCGCCGGAACUGCAGCAUAUUUUUUUUAUAGUCUGCGGUAUUUUUUUGGGAUCAUGGAAUUUUGGAUGGAAUGUGGGCCAUUCAGCAUUAGCUUUGAGCGCUACGUACCUGAUUUUGCUGAUAUUUGGAGGCUCAAGUGUGUCAAUAGUCUUAUCGUUUCUUUUUAAUAUGAGCUAUCUAUCUUAUGGAUACUGGUCGACAUCAACGGAUGAUUACGACAUAAAAUGGACGAUGCCGCACUGCGUAUUAACAUUAAGACUGAUCGGAGUCGCGUUCAAUUUAUCCGAUGGCUGUCAAGAUGAAUCAAAAUUGUCUGCAUACCAAAAAAAAGAAUCUCUCAAAAAAGUCCCGAGUUUUUUGGAGCUCGCGGCUUUCGUCUACUUCCCAGGUUCCUUUCUCGUCGGGCCUCAAUUCACGCUCAAGCGCUACCAAAAUUACGUCAGCGGACUGUUCGUUAAAGGAUCGGGCAACGGAUGGCCGGAUCAUAUGGUCGCGGGUGCCAAGAGAACAGUUCAGGGACUUGGUUAUUUAUUCAUGUAUCAACUAGGAAUCUAUUAUAUGUCUGAUCAAUACAUGAUGGAGAAAUUCCCUGGCCACAAUUAUUUCUCUAGGCUGCUGCUGGUUGGCUUGUGGGGAAGAAUCCAUUUGUAUAAAUAUAUUUCCUGCUGGCUUCUGAGUGAGGGGGUCUGCAUGACAUUUGGAAUUUCCUAUAAUGGAAAAGACGAGAACGGGUCAACAAAGUGGGACGGUUGCAAAAACGUUGAUUUAAUUAGAUUUGAAAACGCAACUCAGUUCAACCAUUACAUCCAAUCAUUUAAUAUGAACACUAACGAAUGGUGCGCCGAGUACAUAUACAAGCGCCUUAAAUUCGUAGGAUCUCGUUUCGCCAGCCAAUUUUUAACUCUACUAUUCCUCGCCAUUUGGCACGGCUUCCACUCCGGUUACUACGUCACGUUCUUCAAUGAGUUUAUUAUAAUGUACUUUGAAAAAGACGUCGCUUCCGCGCUAGUUAAGAAUGAUAGGCUCCAAGCGGCAUUAAAAAAUCCUCUGGCUAAAAUCCCAGUCUGGAUUGUUUUAAAACUCUACACCCUGAUCUUUAUGGGUUAUGCGACCGCUCCCUUCCUUCUGCUGUCCUACACUCGUUAUAUUAAAAUUUACACAAGUGUUUACUUCACAGGACACUUUAUAUUCCUCUCUUAUCCUAUCGUUGCUCCGUUCAUAAAGCCUAUGCUCCGUGGAACUAAAAAAGUCCGAGCAGAUUAGUCAAUAAAUAAUAAUAAUAAUAAUAAUAAUAAUAAUAAUAAUAAUAAUAAUAAUAAUAAUAAUAAUUUAUUUAAUUAAUUAAUGCAAUAAAAUGCACACUAAUCGUGCCUUUAGCACACUACAUACUAUACACAUUUUAUAAUUAUUAAUUGUUAGACACUUGUUCAAAUAAAUCAGAGUGACAAUUAUU